AAACCAACUAACGCCAGCUCUAAACCCACCUGGGUAGAACGCGUUCCUCAACCUUGCAACUACCACAACAGCACAUCAUUGAACGAUAUACGAACAGAACAGAACGAAAACGGAUCCAACUCACACAUCCAAUUCACUGAACACCACUACCACCGGAGCCACACUAUGAUGAGCGCUAUGGAUCAGGAUGACGACGAGUUUCUCUACGGCGAUCACUCGUCAACACCCGCCCAGACCAUACCUUCACAAACCUCCACACCAGUUCCCGGGCUCAGCAUUGCGGCUCCCCCUCCAGCACAGCCAGAACAAACUGCAACUCCAGUACCCACGGUGCAAGCCGAUCAGGAUGACUUAGAGGAAGGUGAAGAGGACGAAGAGGAGGAGGUCGAGGUUUCUGAUGACGAGGAUGAUAUCGAGUUGGUGAUCGAACGAAAAGAUGGUAGUCGGCCGGAGCCUCCUCCACGACCUGAACGAUACAACCAGAUCCGCACUGCAUCAGCGCGACCCUCCUCCGCUGCCGCCGCCAUCGCAAAACCCUCACCGUCGACCUCCCCCGCUCCACCGGCUGCGGCAGUACCCGUUGCGCCGGCUGUGGCGACCUCAAAACUCGACAUCAAUGCGACACCCAACUACAACGGUACACCGAUCAACAAAAUUCCCAUGGAGUCAGACUUAUUGCCGACCGACAAGCCGUGGCGGAAACCCGGCGCCGACGUUACUGACUAUUUCAACUAUGGCUUUGACGAGUUCACGUGGACGGCGUAUUGCCAGAAACAGGAGGGGUUGCGGGAAGAGUUCUCGCCGCAAAAGAUGAUGGAACAGAUGAUGAUGAUGUCGGGGAUGGGUAUGGGAAUGAUGCCCGGUAUGGAUCCAAGUCAGAUGGGCGAUAUGAGUGCGAUGAUGAGCGCGGGCGGGUUUGGAAUGCAACAGGCGCCGGGCGGCCCGGGUGCUGGCGCUCAAGGAGUGCCGCCACAAGGUCCUGGUGGCCAGCAGGGCGCUCAGGGUAUGGACAUGAUGGGGGAUCCGAGUAUGUACAUGGGCGGCCAGGGAUUCGACGGGAGAGGUCAGGAUGCAGCUUAUGGGAUGGGCAGAGGCGGAAUGUGAGUCUCCAUCUUCCACAAGCCCCAUUCGGCUGACUAAUGAUCUUGUAGGCCACCACAGGGACCCUCUGCCGCCAUGGGAGCGUAUGGCGGCUAUGACCAAAACAUGAUGCAGGGUGCUAGGGGCCCCGGAGCUUUUGUUCCUCAACGAGGACGCGGUGCGAGAAGGUGGUAGGAAUCGCCAUUUUCUUCAUGUUUAUAGGAGUACUAGGGCGUCAGCAUGGGAGCUCAUGCUAUUGUGUUACAUCGGGUUCUACGAACUAUUUAGCGAUGGAUAUGAAGCAGAAGCUUCGCGAUAUGCCUCUACUAUAAGUGAUUGCGGUAUUCAUCAGCACGUCUCCAAUAUGACUUGUGUAACCAUUCCAAUAACCGAAACCCGG